AUUGCCUGAACCUGCAUGAGUUUUCAGCUCCCUGCAAUAAGGUACCGAUUUAAACAUUAUCUCCCAUUCAUUUGGUGUAAAAAAAAAUAUCACUGCAAGGAUAGUGCCAGACAGACAAGGGCCAUUUAACUUGUACCAGACAAAGUUAAAUACACUCUCCAGUGUCCAUGAAAACAAGCGGUUAAGAGUGUGAUUAAACUAGGUCUGCGUAGCGCACAAGAUAGAUUUGUGAGAGUAAACAAUUCAAUAGAGGAAGAGAAAUCACUUUCCUCUGGUUUCAAUCUCGCACCAUCUAUAAAAAGGGUUAGGUGGUUUUUUUUUCUUUGGGAAACUGGCUGAAUUUAAAUUUUCUUUCUUUUUUUCUGAAUAUUUUAUGAGACAUCUUGCCUAUUCCAGAGGGAUACCACCAAACCAUAAAAUGGUCAGCUUUUUAAACAUUGUUGCAUAACUUUAAUUUCUUUCUCAACCUAGUUUGGAACAAUUUGGGAUAACUGGCUGUUGUUUUCAAGGGGACUACUGAACAGUUUUAGACUUUAUAUUGUCCGAGGCGGCCCAACCCAUAUCUCUGAGUAUCAACACAGUUCACCUCUUCCAGCCCGUGGGCCAUCUGAGGACACUUUCACUGUUUCUGAUAAAGUUCAUAAUGGAGCACAGAGAGCUUCCAUCUCCGAUGUUACGUUAUGAGAUUUAAAUCAUUAUGACAUGGAAAUAAAGUUGUCAAUUUAGUCAACGAUUGGCCACAUAUGCUGUUUAAAAAGCAGAUACCACACUUCCCAGCUUUUUGCACACUGAUUUUCAAGUCCUGAUACUUAUGACAAUGUGGUGCUGCUGUGCCAAAACAUUAGCUUACGUAGCUGCGAGUUUAACAAGAAGCUACACGUUCCGCAUUUUGGCUCAGGCAACUGACUGCUCACCAAAAAACAAACAAAAAAACAAAAAUAAAGCUAUGACAGUAUUCUCUCCACAUAAUGACUUUACUCUUUUAACAUAAUGACCUCACUAUGACCAUAUUCUUGUAACAACAGGACUUUGUCACAACUUUAUUCUCAUUAUUAUGGAAGAGGAUUAGGGCCACUGAAAAAAAAAAAAAAAUCAAAAAAAGGUUUGAUAUGAUUUAAAAAAAAAUUUAGUCCGAGAAAAAAAGUCAGAACUCUCACUGUAAUCUCAGAAUAAUGACCUCAAAGUCAGAAUUCAGAUUUUUUCCGCAGAAUUAUGACUUUAAACUUAGAAUUAUGACUUUAAUCUUAGAACAACAAUUAAAAAAACUUAUAUUGGACCUUUUUUCAGCUUCAAAUCUUUAAAUCUAAAAAUACCUUAAAUGUUGAUCAGAUACUCCAUAAUUCUUUACUUCACCAACUGAAAUAAAAACUAAAAACAUAUAAAAGUAAAAAAGUUAUAAACUUGUAGCUUUAUAUUGUCAUCUUGCUGACUUUUGACAGUCAAAUUCAUAAUUCACUGGGAACAUUUUGUGCAGACCUUGUAUAAAGAGGACAAUUUCUUCUGCUCCUUUGCCGACAUCUACCCCCUCCCACUGGUUUCAGGUAUUAAAAACUAUUAUAUAAUAAUCAUAAACCGUGUUCAUUAUGGUCAGGUUUGCUUUUGGACAUCAUAAAAAGACAUUAAUACAAAUUUCACUCUAUUUUGUAGAAGUCCGAAAACUCCCUAUGGGAGCUUUAAAUUGCAUAUAUCAUCAUUGUGUAAAAGAAAUAUAUUACAAAACACUCAUGAGAUCCAAUCUAACAUCAGGUUCUCAAGAAGCAGAAUACCAGGACUAAACCAGACCCUGACCUUCAAGCUUUUGACCAAUUUCAUCAUACUUCCUCACUGACAGAAGGAGGGAUUGUCUGGAACAAUAUUUUGUGUAUAAACACAGUCACUGACGUAUGCUGCUGUCAUAUAUUCUUCUUCUGCUGGUUAAAAAAAAACAACACAAAUUUGACUCAAAAUUAUGUACCUAAACACACACACACAAACACCUCCACAAUCUUGGGUGUCCCACCACACCAGUCGGGGACCAAAUGAGACAAGACCUAUCAUGUCUCUUCUCAGUGAGAGCAGACAUUGUUGACUCACUGUAGUCUAGAGGCGCUUAGCCUGGAACCCACCACAGCUAUGCACUGUCUGACCAGAGCCUCGGAGCAAGGGUGUGCAGACACACACACACGUCCAUGGAUGCAUGCAAACAUUACACAAACACAGUCAGAGACACAUGCGUACAGGUUCAUAGACACAUACAUGCCAGUCUCACUCUUUCUCCAGUCCUGUGGUUUUCUCUUUAAUCCACUCAUCAGUCACAACACAGUCGAGCAAACAUUCACUUUGCUCCAUCAAUAAAUAGCCCUGAAGAAACUGUGAACCCCUCCUGCUGGUUACUACACAGAUCUGUUCAUCUCACAGGAGGUGUUUGUUCUUUCGGCUUAGAUGGUGCACCUGUCUGACAGCUCAGCAAAUCUCUUCAUAAAGCCACUUUUGUUGAACAGCUCAGUUUUCUCUCACCACAAAUCCUCACACGUGUCCCGAGUGUGCCAUAUCCACUCCCGUGUGCCCACAGCUAUCAAACCCCAGCCUCAAGUUCCACUCCAAGGCCCGCUGGAUCUUACAUCGUAAUGAAUCACAUCACGUUCAGGUAUUUACUCGCACUCAAGCCUGGCUUAACCUGUUACAGAGCUUUUAAUAUAUUCAACUCCCACGUUACUUUUGGUUUCAAUUAAUCACAGCUUAUACUGCAGUCAAUAAACAGCUGUUCUUUAUGGGCGAAGUGUGCCAGUAUGACACCAAUAACCGCCAAUCCUGUGCUGGAGUAGAUCCACUCGUUUCCAGGUUUUCUGUCUAUAAACUUGGGUGAUAAUUUUGGGACACGGUUUUGAUUAGAAAUGUGAACCAAACCUACCCUAAAAGUGCAGCAGAAAUGUGUUUUUCUUCGACAAAGUUCCUGAGGUUACAAGAAACCCAAUAAAGCGCCCAAAACCGAGUGAUGUACAAGGUGAAGUAUGUAACAGAGAGCAGUGUUAAAAUGCCUGAAUGUGGUCACGCCUCUGUGUUUAACACAAGUUUCAAGUCUUCGUUAAUCUAUUCAGCAGCAACUUACCAGUUUAACUCACUGACUCUGAUUUCAAAGUGUUGUUUUCAGCAGUCAAAGAAAACCCGAAACAACUAGCAGGUUAAUGUAUUAAGUUACAAAAAAACAGGGGCUGGUAACAACCCACAGACAAAGAUAAUGACAUUUGGACUUUAAUCAAUCAGGUUCCCGGGGACAUGACUUCCAAAUAGCAGAUAAUGUUUGACUGUAUCUGGUUUAUCUGGCCAAACUAUCAUGAUAAAUUGACAAAUUAAAGAUUUAGGCCUGGUUGCACAAUGGAAGUAAUGAAUGGGUUGGAUCUCAAACUACAUAUUUCAAAACUCAACUUGAUACGCCAGGGAAUCAGACUGCAAAUAUAAACAGGAAACUCGAGGAACUUCCAAAAUGACCAAAAAUAAGUGAACAACACGCCCAACACAAGGAAACAUACACAGAUGGUAAUACUUAAGUACAAAACAAGGCAAACAAACAACAAAAUGCUUGUAAGAGAGUAUGCCUUAUCAACUUUACAUGUAAUUAUAUGACAGUUUUGCAGUAAAUCAUAAAAAAAUUGUAUUUUUGUGGGUUUUAAAGAAAAGACAAAUAAGAAUAAGAAGCCUCUGUUUUUACCUCAUGUGAAGAGUGAAUUGUCUGUGUCUUGAAUUAGUAGACAAACACUUUUACAGUUUAUUGCGACAAUGUUCUUGCAGGAAAGUUUUUUUUUUUUUUUAAUAAGGGAUCAACUGGGGUGAUAAUUUGCCUUAAAUGUACCAAUUUCCAUGAAAAAAAAAGAAAACAAACUUUUUCUUGAGUUCCCCAAACCACAACGACAUUUGAGGACACCAAAGCUUUUAAGGCCCUCGGGCGUUCAGGGCUGCCGUUGCUUCACUGAGUACUCCCUCACACCUGUGACCUAUAUGCGUACACUUACUGAGGACAAAGACAACCUAAACCUACAGAUGUGCAGCUGCACAUGCACAGCCACCCAUAUUCAGACAGACAGACAGAUAGGGAAACACAUAACCGGUGUCUCACCACAAACACACACAUACAAGCCGGCACACCCCGCCAUUCACUGUCCUGGCCUUGUUUACCCAUGACCAUCACAGCUCUGCAGCCGUCAACCCCAUCAUUCCACGGAUUCUUCUGUCCCACCACUAUUUUAUGAGCUUUACUCAAACACUUGUGUUUUUCUUGCUGCUCUGUAAAACAGAAGCUGUACACGCGUAAACAAAUGAUGACUAAUGAAACUAGAGUGAAUGGUUGUGAUUUGUGAUGGCGAAAUUUAGCGAAAACAGAUCCAAUAGUUUAAUACUUCACUUUAACGCUGACAAUUCCCUUUUAUUCUUAUUCUUAUUUUCACAAUUUUACAGCUAAAAUCCAGUUGUCUUUCAUACUGUGUUGUUUGGUGUGUGUAAGGAGCUGCACUGACAAAGAUCUUGUGAAAUCUAGGAGGUACUGGAGUAGAAGACGGCCAGCACGACUCUCCUCCUUUUGGUCUGUGCAACACUGCCAUCUGUAGACCAACGAGAAGUAUUUGUUUGAUCCACACAUCUUCUCAACUCUUUGCUUUAUUGCCUUUUUGUCAGUUUUGCUCUUACAUAACAAACUUAUACAAAUGGCCACUUGUGAUUUGUUUGACACAAAAAACAGAGUGUCUAGCCAAAAGGUAAUUUUCAGUAUUUACUUUAUUCUUUUUUAAAUAGUUGGUUUCCUCCCACAAACCCAAAAAAUGUAGGUCAGGUGAACUAUGUGAACUCUAAAUUGCCUGCUAAGUGUGGGUUUGUUUGUAUUGUGUCAGGGAAAAGUGAUAGACUUGUGACCUGUCCAGAAUGCAGAUCCUGUGACUCUGCACGGCAAUAAGAAGCUGUGAAGACCAGAUGGACGAUUAUGUGUAGAUCCAAAAUUGUGCUUUGCUUAGCAUGAGUAUGAUAUAAAAUGUUUAAAACAUUUUGAGCUGCAGAAACUUAAGUUAUACAUAUUUACCUCCACUGUUUAGUCUGCUACAGUUUGCAUCGCCAAUGCAUGGACCCCUGAACAAAUAAAGCCCAUUUGGAGGAUGCAGAAACAGUUCACUUUCAGCGACUUACAGUGCAAUUUACCUUGUGAAUACAGUGCUUCUUAAAAAGAAAAUGAAAUAAUCGACAACAUAGAUACUGCACACUGGGGAAUCUGGGCUAACUUUAUUUAUUUUUGCACUGCUCAGUCCACAGAAACAUUUUGAAAGCCUCAAUGUCAACUUGUAGUCCAAGGAAAGAGAACCUGCUAGUAGGGGAGAGAUGGGGUAAGAUGAGCCAUUUUUCAUAUUUCAGAUCACUACAUUAAGGCGAUCAUAGUUUUGUCUCUAACUAGUGUAUCUGCAUGUAUUUCAAGAUGUUGUUCAUCCCUGCAAACCAACAGAAUGAGUGUAAACAUAACUGUCUUGAUAAUAUAGCAUGACAAAAAAACAAGUGAUCUGCUAUGGUCAACUUACCCUGCGAAUGGGGUAAGUAGACCAUAAGAGCGGGGUAAGUUGAGCCGUAUCCCCUCUACCCCUUCCACUCUCCACCUCAGCCCUCCCUCACUUUCUCUCGCUCUAAAUAACAGUCACCUCUCGUUGAUUCAGAACAUUCUCAGCUGUAUUUUUGAAAAGAAAAAAUAAAACAUUUCAACAAUCUGAACUGAAACUCUGAGUCUCUCAUCAGACUCCUUUUCUUUCUCAGUUAAACCACUGGCUCAACUUAUCCCAGAACUACGAUUAUAACUUUAUUAGUCCUCAAAGCUAAAAUGGUGGACUUUUAUGUUUUUGACCUCAUGUUGUAGCUCAUUGAUACCACAAUUGAUGUAUAAAACAAAUUUAGAAUGAUCUUUUUGGUCUGAACACAAUUCUAAUAAAACUUAUGACAGACUAAAUUCACUUUCAAGACUGAAAAAUGUUUUUUGUAGAUAAAUGUCUAACCCCUUCACCCAUGUGCUUUUAACCUUCACAGACUCCAUGAAUUGAUGCCCAUCUCCUAAAUAUUUGGUCACACGAUCAAUUUCUUUUACCAUUUCUAAGCAACAGGGGGUUGCUCAACUUAACCUUUGGCUCAAUUUAUCCCACUCUCCCCUACUGUUUAAAUAGUUGAUUAAAGUCUAGGCUGUUUUAUAAUAUCACUUUUCACAGUAAGUGCCAUAAUUUCGACAUCAGGACUUUACUUUUGACAUAGGUGGAAAACAAGUGGAAUGUUUCGUAUUUUACAAGCGGGUCUGGCUGUGACAAGAUGUCAGUGCAGCUGGAAGUGACAGGGAGGCAAUAUUUUUAGGUAGGGGAAGGUUCCGCCUCCUUCGCCUCUGAUUGGCUGUGGAACGUCAUCAGUCGCUCAAACCGAGCGCGGGCUGUCGGCUCUAUACAUCGAACAGAACAUUAUCGCACUUCUGAAUCUCCUAACCCUAAUCCCUAUCCUAACCCUGAUCCUAACCUGACAGACGAUGAGGUUUCACAGCCAUAAGGCGCCAAUCAGAAGCGAAGGACGGCGGGACCUUACCCUACCAUCCUACGAAAAAAUCCUACUGACGAGUUGACGUUCUUGUACAAGCAGCGUGAUUGCGUCAUAAGACUGCGCCACGUCCACCCUCUACAACAACUUUCAAUGACAGUUUACACAAGAUAGCUCACUAAAUAUCCACCACAGGUAGUCAUAACUUUGACUGACUACCGCGCAAAUGGCCACACACACAGCUUUGUGCAGGGGGUCUAAUUUUGUCGUCCCAAUGAUGAUCCGCCAGUGUUUGAAAUGCAGAGGUAAGCAGAAACAAGUCUGUAUUUGACCAAAGCAGAGAGGCUAAUAACAGCAGCAACAUGCUAAAAACACACAUUUAUGUAGCGGAGUGUCGUUUUCUGUUGCUAUUGUGCCAUUGAUAAUAAGAAUAAUCUCUGUUUUACUGCCUGUCCUGCUUUUAUUUUUGCAUGACAACAAAAAACACACACACAAAAAAACAUCUUACAGGACAUUGUGUUUCAUAAGUGUUCGCUGCCAACUCAGUGUUACGAAACUCCUCUACUUUUUGUUGCGUUUUAAACAAAUAUGUAAGAGUUUAUCACAAACUAUGCUUUGGAGGACUUUUAAAGUUUGUUUUCUCUAAAUUGUGUUUUUUUUUUUUCUGUGUUGUUACCUUGCAGUGCCCGUGCAGCUGAACUCACGCGCUUACAGUGUGAUCCCGCCCCCGCGCGACAGCGAGGAGAAGGAGAUGUUGCACCGGAUCCUGCGGGUGGACCAUGCGGGUGAAUACGGGGCCAACCGGAUCUACGCCGGCCAGAUGGCAGUGUUGGGUCGGUCAAGGACUGGACCGCUCAUCCAGGUAGAAGAGGAGUUAGAGUGAUACGUUCAGGUGCAGCUCAGUAAAUAAGAAUAUCAGGAAGAGACCUGUGACAGUCCUCUCAGGACUGCAGGUAUCUCUGAUGAUUGAGUUAUAUUGUUGACCACUCUACUUUCUACUCUUGAAUAUAUGGUAGCCGAGAACUUCCACUGCUGCAAAUAAAAAAAGAAUGCAAAAAAAAACAAACAAAAAAAAAAAGUUACAAUGGAAGUUACCGGUGCAAAAAAAUACACCAAGGCCCGCUGCAAAUAAAAAAAGAAACUGUGCAGAUAAAGAAAAAAGCCACAAUGGAAGUUAACGGAAAAAAUAAUGGUGAUGGAAAAAGGAAAGGGACUUACUGCGAAAAUAAAAGGGUACAACUGAAAAAAGCCACAAUGGAAGUAAGCCGCCAGUGUUUUUUUUGACUCAGUGUUUGUUUUUUACAGGAAAUGUGGGAUCAGGAAAAGAAACACCUCGAGAAGUUCAAUGAAAUUUUGGCUGAGAACAGAGUUCGCCCCACUGCGCUGUUACCCCUCUGGAAUAUUGCUGGCUUUGUGUUAGGUUGGUACAUGCAAAAACUAAUUGCUGCAGAUUUUGACUUCAUUCAUCCAUAUGUAGCUUAAUUUGGUUUAAGUUAGUGUCCCAUUUGAGUGUGUGCAAAAGUAACAGUCAUGCUUAAUGUUGGUAUUGAGAAAGAAAGUUACAUGUUGCUGCUGAAAGUGUCCCUUUCUCUGCAAAGGAUUUUGAAAAACAAGUAAAGACGGAGCUGUGCAUUUUUUUCUAUAUCUAAAAAGUAUAUCCACUCUAGGUGCAUCCAGUGCACUGCUGGGAAAAGAGGGGGCUAUGGCCUGCACUGUGGCAGUAGAGGAGAGUAUUUCAGAACAUUACAACAGCCAAAUAAGAGCUUUAAUGGAGAAGGACCCUGAGAGAUACACCGAACUGUUACAAGUAAGUUUUUACUGCUUGUAGCAUACAAUAUCACAAAAAAACAACACUACUCUGAGCAAAAUGUGACAAUAAAUAUUAAAUGAUAUACAAAGGGCAAAUGCUAGUAAGAAAACAUAUGGAUGAGAGGGAGAGGAUCUGAAUUAAGCAUUCAUAUUAGUACUUACAAGUGUCCUCUGAUCUGUCAGUAUGGUUGUUAUUACCAGAUGUAGGACUUCACUUAACUGUGUAGCUGCUUUCUUUGGGAUUAUGCACUUUUACAGGUUACAGUUUAUGUCUGUUAAGGUUUUGACAUAAUGCCUGAUUUUGGAAACAUUACCAUUAAUGACUAACUUCACACCCAUUGUUUUUUAAGAGGGGGCUAAGAGGGCAAGGUAUGAAUAAAAUAUACCCCUAAUAAAACCAGCUUUUAGUACAGAAGGGUAGAUCUCAUCCAAAAAAUGGUGAAUCCCAGGGCGUAUUUGUAGUUUAGUGUGUUUAAAAAUGAUGGCUUAUGGAUUUCUAUGUGUUCACUUCAUCUCAUAAAUGGUGCUGGUAUAUGUUUCAUCAGGUUAUAAAGGAAUUCAGGGAUGAUGAGAUGGAACAUCACGACACAGGACUAGAACAUGACGCUGAAUCAGUAAGUCUAUUUCAUGACAUGGAUCUGAAUUUUGGUUGUUUUAUAAUCAUCAUGCUUGUAUUUCAUGUUUCUUGUGUUUUCUUGAAACCUUCACCAAAGACUGUCACAUUAAUUAACUCCAUUCAAAUCACUGAAACAACUCUGAAUUUAUCUCUUUUUCCCUCUCUCUCUUUUUUAGGUACCUGGAUACUGGUUACUUAAAAGUGCAAUACAGCUUGGGUGCAAGGCUGCGAUCUAUGUUUCACAACGUAUUUAACAUUUGAUGGAGAAUUAAUUCAGAAAUCGCCCUGAUGUUUAUUUUGAUACAUGGACUCCUUUUUGUGUAAAUACAUUCAUAUAAAUUUAAAUUUGAUUCCAAACUCUAUCUCUUUGUAAACUAAGCUUUGUGCUCAUCCACACUUGAUCAGUCUUUUGUAAUAUAAACAUUCUGUGCAGUGUUGCCAACCUAGCGACUUUUCAGACCCCUCUAGCGACUAAUUUUCAAAAAAAGAGCCUAGGGACAAAUCUAGCGACUUGUCGGGAGGGUUUGACUGAGAAAUUACGCAAAUUAGGCGAUGCCGUCAUCUAGCAACUUUACUUUCCGAGAAGUUGGCAACACUGCCUUCUACAUGAAGCUGCAUUGCUCUACUUUGAGUAGGGUUUCAUACAUGGGCUGUCACAGUAUGUGGAGGAAUAAAUCACAGAUCUGUUCUCUGCUGUCUCAUUUAACGCUUUAUUUGUGCCCUUUAGUCUUUCCUUGCAUGUUUAUCAAAGAGUAGCAUCAAAUAUAAGAGAUAACAUUUGUAUUGUUCACAGUAUUAAAGGGUAAACUUUGGUUUUAAGGGAUUACAACUAAAUACUCCUGUCAAGCAACGCUGGUGGAAAUAUUGAAAUACAAACAUCAUGUUUAUUUAUGUAACACAGUCUGUUUUCUUCAAGUAUUUUUUGGUUAUCUUGUAUCUGCCAGUACAAUAAUGGACAAAAACACUGAUAAAGGCUUUAGUUCUUCUCUCCAAAAACACGUAAUAAGGACACGGUGUAACAUGUACACUGCUUUUGAACCUUUCAACACACUAAACCGUUUCUCAUGUUCAAUAGAUCAAGCUGAAAAAUGACUUGUCAUCCUGGCCUAACUGUUAAGCGCCCUCAAACAGCUGUUCUGGGUACAUUAGGUCACUCAAAAGGAGGAAUUGACAGGAGGCUUGUCUAGGGGCCCCUAAUCUAUUAGCCCUUUCAGCAGCUAGAGCAAAGUGUUCAUUCCCACACUGGUCAAUAUCAGGUUAUCCUCACUGUACAAAGAGUCCUGUCUAAAGGCCAUUUCAACCGUGGUGGUGUUUUCUCAUGUACCAGGCACAAGAUGCAGUGGUCAUUUAUGACACCUGGAGACAGAUGUGUGAAAAAAUGAUGGAAAGCUGAAGUUUCAUUGCUGGGGUUCGGUCCUGUUAUUUCACGUCUGUGUGACAACUGUCUUUCAAAAACUAUUUGCUCAUUUGUUGUUGUGGAGUAUGAUUAAGAAAGAUGGAUAUACCCAAAAGAGGAAUAAAUCACAACUCAAUUUAGAGUUUCACUUA